CAUAUGGGUAAAAUGGUUCAGUUAGGUUAUAACGCUGGGCAACUUAACGCCCGUGUGUGGGGCCUGGCAAAAAGCUGGCUAAGGAUAGUCUCGCCUGAGCUGAUGGCCACCCAGGAUGAAGAUGUCUUGGCAGCUAUGAAUCUUUUUUGGUGUGCGGCAUCUGUGGUGAUGCCCGAGGAGCUCAUAACGGAAAUCACCAAAGUGCUUACAGAAGAAAGCAUGCCAUUCAUGGCAACAAGGAGCAUUCCCGAGUAUACCAGCUGGACCAUAGAGGAUGAAACUGGUCUCCGGUACCACUUUCCAGGAAUGUCGCGCUGUCCUCCUGAGGGUUACAUAACCCAAGAUUAUCAGGCGUAA